AUGGAGAACUAUAUCUCCGUGAACGGCGUUCCCCUUGUGUCCAACAAGAAGCUGAUGAACGCACUGUUGCGUGACGACCUGGGUUGGGACGGCAUGAUGGUGACGGACUACGCGGAGAUCGACCAGCUCGCGGAUUUCCACCGCGUCGCUCGUACAUACGAUGAAGCCACCCGUAUUUCGCUCACGCGCGCAUCGGUGGAUAUGAGUAUGAUUGCCACAGACGACAGCUUCAUGAACGGCACGAAGGCCCUUCUGGAGCAGAGCCCGCAGUAUCUGGCACGCGUGAAGGCGUCGGCUCGCCCUGAUAACCCGGUUCCGGGUGAGGCCAACGUGGACCUGAUCGGCAGUGAGAAUGACACGGCUACGGCGCUGAGCUUGCUCAACAACGACAGCGUACUGCCUCUUGCUGAGGACGCUUCAGUGUUCCUCACUGGCCACGCUGCCGAUGAUAUAGGCCUACAGUGUGGUGGCUGGACCAUCGAGUGGCAGGGCUAUGCUGGACAUAACGAGCUGUACCCGCUGGGCUCCACUGUCAAGGAGAAUAUUGAGUCGAUCACUGGCAACAGCAGUAGCGUCUCGUACUUCAACGGAUUGAACUACACUGGUGAAUACUCGGAAGCUGACCUUGCAACCGAUGCCAGCAAGGCUGAAUUUACCGUCGCUGUUAUUGGUGAGGGUCCGUACGCCGAGAAGCCCGGUGACAUUGACGAUCUGGCCCUGCCUGCCGGUCAGAUCGAGUACGUGAAGCAGCUUGCUUCCACCGGAACCAAGGUUAUUGCGGUACUGUUCGAGGGUCGUCCGCGUCUGCUUGGUGACCUGACCGACAGCGCGGCCUCCUCGCCUGUGAAAUGGGCGGCCGGGCUGUUGCUGAAAUCUUGUAUGGAUGGUAAAGUGAACCCCAGUGGCCGCUUGCCGAUCACGUACUGA